GAUACGUGUCUACCAAUUUGCUGUAGUGUGUUCAGUUUUACUUUUAAUUAAAAUGUUAAGAAUUAUUGUGAUAUUGAUUUUCCGUGGGAUAAACGCUAUGAGGAGAGGAAAGUUGACGCAGAACAGUCGAAACUGCUUGUUUUACUGUGUGCUGUUGCUUGGAUUAAUUUACUACAACCUAAUAAUUCGGUCAGCCGUUCUCACCGCGAGGGGAAUUUUAUCAAAAAAGUUAAAAUUAGAAGACCUGAUUGUCAACAUGGAGAGUCCAAUUGAGGAAUAUGAGUAUAACGAUUCAGAAGAAAAUAGGACUCAAAAAUUCCCUACGACCUACUUGAUUGGCGCUCCAAGAUGCGGCACUGUUGCCCUGAUGGACUUUUUGGGACUUCAUCCGGAGGUGCAAAUAGUAGAAACGGAGAUUCACUACUUUGACAAGUAUUUUUCAAAUGGAAUUGACUGGUACAAGAGCAAUAUGCCACUAAGCACAAAAUAUCAAGAAGUUAUUGAACGGUGCAACUCUUAUUUUACAAAUCCGGCUGUGCCUGAGAGAAUUUUCAAAGCGAGACCGGACGCGAAAAUAAUUUUGGGCGUUCGAGACCCGAUCGAGCGAGCGGUUUCCGAGUAUGCUGAAAUGGCAGACAGAGAAGCUAGAGGAAAAUUCUACAAGCCAUUCCGAGAGUUCGCCUUUGAUCAAGGAAAUCUUGGAAAAAUGAAUGAGAACUGGACGGUUCUUCAAACAGGAAUGUACGCUAAACACUUGAAACCGUGGUUCAAGUAUUUUCCUAGACACCAGAUUUACAUCUACACCGCGGAAGAGCUUGUGACCAACCCUGCAAAAAUCAUAAAAGACUUGCAGGUUUUUCUUCAGAUUCGCUAUUACCUGCGUGCUGAUAGAUUCAAAAUCAACGGCACUGGAAGGUUUCCUUGCAUAUCGUACUCAAGCGAGUCUGAACCGGAACCAGAAUGUCUGAACGAAACUAUGAAAGCAGUGAGCUUGAAACAUCCAAAUAUCGAGUGGAGCAUUACGCACCAUUUGAAGAACAUGUACAGACAACACAUGAAUGACUUCUAUAACAUGACUGGGAUUAGAUUUGGCUGGAUUUAAGAUGUGAAAUUGUUUAGAAUAAAGCCCAAAACAGCGGCUCUAUAUAUCUAUUUAGUUAAAUACAAAUAUAAGGAAGCUGGUCUCUGAUUGGCUCUUGGAUAAAAUUUUAAGAAAAGGCCUCUCCGUCCAAAUUAUUUGGAGAUUCCAAAUUAGCUAAAUAGAAAUAUAAGAACAGACCAAUGGGAGAGGCAGAAAUAAAAAUUUAGGCUCGAGCGCCUAGCGCGGCAACUCUUGAAACUUUAAAGCAGCUGAGUGAGGCUGGAUGGAGUGAAAACAACUUUGCUUUCCGCAAACUCGCAGACGGACAUUUAAUAAUUAUGGCAAAUUUUAACGCUGUUUCUGAAAUUCGGAGAGAUCUCAUAACUUUAGCAGGUCUCGAAGCUAUAUCAGUGGUAGCAUCAGUGUAUUUUGAAAUUCAACACUGUUUGAAGCGAAAAAGAAAAUCUGGUAAAAAAAUCGGACAUAGCGUGCACGCUAUGAAUAAACAACAAAAAAGAGAACAACAAGGCAGAGCGUCGUAUUAAUUUAAUGAAAUGUAAUAUUUAAUUGUCAAAUUGCAUUUUAGGACAUUUUGCUCAUGCCUACCAGGAGUUGCGAGCAGACAACAAACGAUUGUUUAAAUACGCAAAGUUCCAUAAACCAAUUAAGAACGAAAUGAGACUUGUUAUUACGCUGGUAUAAUUAUAUUUAUAUUAUAUUUAUUGGCGAGCUCAUUGGUGGAAAGCAUAUAUUUUUAUUUCCGCGCUUCCCAUUGGUUCGUUCGUAUAUUUCUAUUUAGAUACAAGCGAGAGCCGCUGCGUUGGUGAUAUAGAAAUAUAACUAAAUUCAUAUUUAGGAAAAUAGAUAUUUAAGAAAAACUAGCCGCUGUUUUGGGCUUAAACGUUUGAAUUUUUGAAAACUUUCUUUUUAAUUUCCAUGCAAAUUUAACAAUAAUAAUUGUUAAUAAUAAAAGAAA